AGAGGAAGCGAGUCAAGUAAAAAAAAAAAAACGCCACCAUCCCCCGAUCCCGUUUGAAAUACUGUCGGUGGUUGGUUUGAAUUGGUGGCUCCUGGAAGGACACGAUCUGUGGGGAUAAACAUUGUAGAUGGGGGAUGCUGCAAACCAGGGACCCUAUCCGUCUCUCCAUCCAAGCUCACCACAAAACGGGUCGCAGUGAGGAGGAUUAGGAAGGUGGAGGAUAAUCGAGCAUCACUGGAGGACCAGGGAACACUCUCCACAUAUGAACGUCCGUUAGAAUACAGUAAGCAUACAGCACAGCCUGCACGGAAACAUAAGACAGUAGGAUAGAUUUUUUUUGAGUAUGCUGUGAAAAAAUAUUCCAAAUCAGCCUUUUCUGUUUUUCCCAAACGGGGUUACCACGAAGGAAAUUUAACAUGCCUGAUUUCCUACUACAACCAGCCAAUGAUUGUUCCAGAAGGACAUGAGCAAUUCGUCACAAAACAUUCCCUUAUUGCGAUCGUAUAGAGAUACCCUCUUUCUAAUGAUACCUGGGACACUCUGGGUCAAGUCAACCUAAUUAAAGCGACGGUUAACAUUACACGCCGUAAAGAUAGAAACUAGUUAAUUAAGGUCUUAUUUUUCUUUUUCUUUUUCAAGCUUCUUAUAUAGUAUUAAGUACAUAGUAUAUAGUAUACAUAGUAGUAGGCCUGCCUCUCUCAGUGGGUACGUGGAGGGAACCUGGGAGGACGUUCUUUGGGGGGGGUGGGGGGGGGACCGUAUUUGACGUUGCUUCUCGAGGUUCGUAACGCCGGGGAGAGAAGAUGUCGGGCCAGACACUGACCGACCGCAUUGCCGCGGCCCAGUACACGUUGACGGGCUCCGAGGUGUGCCGAGCUGUAUGCAAGGCUACCACACACGAACAGACUGCACCAAAAAAGAAGCACCUGGAAUGUCUGAUCCAGGCCACCCAGGAGAACACAGUCAUUGUCCCCACAAUGGCGGACACGCUGUUGGAGAGGGUGGGCAAUGCCAGCUGGGUGGUGGUCUUCAAAGCUCUGAUCACCACCCACCACCUUAUGGUGCACGGCAACGAGAGGUUCCUCCAGUUCCUGGCCUCCAGAAACACCCUCUUCAACCUCAGCAACUUCCUGGAUAAAACUGGUUCACAUGGCUACGACAUGUCCACGUUUAUCAGGCGCUACAGCCGCUAUCUCAACGAGAAGGCCUUCGCCUACAGACAGAUGUCCUUCGACUUCGGCCGAGUGAAGAAGGGUGCGGACGGAGCCAUGAGGACCAUGUCCGUGGAGAAGCUGUUGAAAGGGAUGCCCACCCUGCAGAGCCAGAUAGACGCGCUGAUGGAGUUUGACGUCCAGCCAAAAGAUAUGAACAACGCGGUGAUCAACUGCUGCUUUCUGAUGCUCUUCAAAGAUCUGAUCAAGCUGUACGCCUGCUACAACGAUGGCAUCAUCAACCUCCUAGAGAAAUUCUUCCAGAUGAAGAGAAGUCAGUGCAAAGACGGUCUUGAGAUCUACAAGAGGUUCCUCACGCGAAUGACCCGUGUCUCAGAGUUCUUCAAAGUCGCACAGCAAAUGGGAAUUGACAAGAACGACAUACCGGAGCACACUCAGGCCCCACAGAGUCUUCUGGAGUCCUUGGAGACUCAUCUCAACACUCUGGAGGGCAAGAAGCCGUCACCAAACAAGGUAAGCCGCCUAUUUUUCGCAUACACUUCAAAUGUUCCCCAAUGAUUGUCAAAUUGAUGU